AUGGAACUAUUUAGAUUAAUAAAUAGCGUCUGUUACAAAAGCAAUAUAAAUCUAAGAUAUGUGAAGGUAUAUCUUAUGAUAUUUUAUAGAAAUCAUUCAAAAACGAGGAAUUAACAUAUUAUAUUGUAAGCUUAGAAAUUUGUUCAUCGCUUUAAAGCUAAUCUUAUUAUAAAAUUAAAUAAGGCUAAUGGAUAAAUCACUUAAAGCUAGAAUAGCCCCUCUUAAGAAAUGUUUCUACUGAAUAAAAAUAUAUGAGAUUACUUUUCAAUAGUAUCAAAAUGAUAUAUAAAUACGAAUGA